AAGUGGCAAGGUGGAGCCUACUCCCUCCCUUUCUCUGGGAGAGCCCUUUGUGUCUUUGCUGUCUCCUGGCUAUGACAAACCCCCUCUGCCAGCACCUUUGCCAUGACAUGUGCAGGGCAUCUGUGUCAAGCCAUUUUUGUGGAGCAGUGAGCGUUUGAGAAUUGUGCCCGUUUUAUUAUUUCUCUGCUUGAAAGUUUGUGUCCAAUAAAUUUGAUGUCUGCAUCAUGUUGCACUAGUGACCCAUAAUCCCUUGUACAACACUGACAAUACCCAGACACAAAUUCGAAAAUUACUCUGUAGUUGGUAGACAUUGAGAAAUAAGAAAAAGGAAGAGAUAAGAGGAAGAAUGUCAGGAUAUUACCUCUUGUGUGUCUGAGGCCACAGUAGGGUUGCAGCUCAUUUGUAAACUUGUUGGAGGUUCAUACAGAGAUUUAAAAACAGAAGUUUAAGCUUUAGUUUAUAAACAGAAUUAAAAGUCAUAACUCCUGUUUAACAUUCAACUGUUAGUUUAACCUUCAUCUCCCUCUCUCUCUCUCUCUCUUUUUUUUUUUGUUUUUUUUUUUUUUUUGUUGUCAAGCUUUCUUUUCAUCGCUAUCAAUGUCUGAAGAAGUUACUUAUGCAGAUCUAAAAUUCCAGGACUCCAGUGAGAUGGAAAAUAUUCAAGAGUUUGACCAAGUUGGUGUGAAAGCACCUCCUGCUCCUUCCCAUGUGUGGCGUCGAAUAGCCUUGGCUCUGAUUCUUCUGUGCCUCCUGCUGCUGAUUGGACUGGGAGUGUUAGGAAGCAUAUUUUACCUAACUUCGAAAAUAGAAAUGGAAAAAUUGGAAAAGCUACAAAAUUUCAAAGACAAACUUCAGAAUAAUGUUUCUCUACAACUAAUAUAUAAUAUGGAUAGUCUUGAGAAGAUCAGAAACCUCUCUAGCACACUGCAAGAAAUGGCCACCAAAUUAUGUUAUGAGCUAUGUAGAAAAGAGCCAGAGCACAAAUGUAAACCUUGUCCAGAGAAAUGGGAGUGGUAUGAGGACAGCUGUUAUAGAGAAUUUAAAGAGUAUGAGACAUGGCAGAAGAGUGACUCCACAUGUUCUGCUCACAAUGCCAGCCUGGUGAAGAUUAAGAACAAAAGUGUAUUGGAAUUUAUAAAGUCCAAGAAGUUAAAGUACUAUUGGUUAGGAUUAUCUCCCAAAGAUUACAAACCUGAAAUAGACUUGGAUGAAACAAUUAUCUCCUCUGACUGGUUUACAAGAAACACAAGUGACUUACAUGGUGUAAUGUAUUGUGGAUAUAUACAUAAUCCAUAUGUUUACUAUGAUCUCUGCAGUAGGAAAAAUUAUGCUAUAUGUGAGAAGUUAGCUAAUCCAGUGAAGAUUGAGAGCAUACUAAUGAAUGAAGAACCAGGUGAAAGAAUGUAGUUAGUGUAAUUAACUACACUAACAACUUUAAGGUACAUGUAUCUUGUGGACCACACACAUGGAAUAAAGAUGUUGUGAAACUAAAUGUCUGCCUCUAUCCUAACAAUUCGCAUUUUCAAAUGUCCACUUUCUCUUCAUUUUCUAAGUGAAAGAAACCUUAAGUUAUGCCUAUGCCUAUCAAACCAUAUCAUUUAGAUACUAAAGGAUAAUAUUAAGCAUCAAUAUAGUGUCUAAAAUGAAAGUAAUCUUUUUCUUGUUUUUCCAGAAACAAACAAGAUAAAUACUAACCUCAUGGAGAAUCAGAGAAAAUUGAAUCUAAGAAUAUAUAUGAGGAUAAUAAGUCAUGCCCAAUUGAGGUUUAUUCUAGUAAUACAGAUUGAUUUCCAUUUUGGGGGAAAAAAAAGAGAGAGAGAGAGAGAAAAUGGAAUUGCUUGUCUUGCCCAGUGAGCAUCAGCCAGGACUGAUAUCCAUGAACUUAGAGAAUUAUUUGAUCAACUAUGAAACCUUACAAAACCUCAUGACACCAGGGGACACACAUUCUAACAUUGAGGUAGGAGUGGACAAUUGACCAUGGAAUCUUCUUGUCAUAUCACAAACUAAAGCAACAUAAAGCUGCAUGUAGAUCAAGCAAUGGAAAGGACUAAGGGCUGUUUAAAAGCACAGAUGAAGAGCCAGCUCAGAGUUAGAACUUAUGACAAUACUAGAGGCCCGAUGCUUAAAUUCAUGCAUGAGGCUCAGCCCUCGCAGCCCUGCUUCAUCAGGAAGUUCGUUUGUCUGUCUGGUCUAAUUAGCAUAUUACACUUUUAUUAUUAUAAACUAGUGGCCCAGUCCACGAAAUUCGUGCA